AUGUUCCAGGGCUUCCCCGGGGACUACGACUCCGGCUCCCGGUGCAGCUCCUCCCCCUCGGCCGAGGCCCCGUUCCUGUCCUCGGUGGACUCCUUCGGCAGCCCCGGGACGGCGGCGGCGGCGGCGCAGGAGUGCGGUGCGCUGGGGGACAUGCCCGGCUCCUUUGUGCCCACGGUGACGGCCAUCACCACCAGCCAGGACCUGCAGUGGCUGGUGCAACCCACGCUCAUCUCCUCGGUGGCCCAAUCGCAGCCCCCGGGGGCCCCCAUGGCGCAUCCCCCCCCCCUCGAUCCCUAUGACCUGCCAGGACCCAGCUACUCCACACCGGGCAUGGGCGGCUUCAGCGCGGCAUCGGCACCGCCGGCACGGCCCAGCCGCGUGCGGCCCCGGCGCAGCCGCGAGGAGACGCUGACGCCGGAGGAGGAAGAGAAGCGCCGGGUGCGCCGGGAGAGGAACAAGCUGGCGGCAGCCAAGUGCCGGAACCGGCGCCGGGAGCUGACGGAUCGGCUGCAGGCGGAAACGGACCAUCUGGAGGAGGAGAAGGCGGAGCUGGAGUCGGAGAUCGCGGAGCUGCGCAAGGAGAAGGAGCGGCUGGAGCUGGUGCUGGCCGCGCACGCGCCCGCCUGCAAGCUGCCCUUCGGGGCCGCCGAGGUGAGCGCUCCGCGCAAGGAGGAACCGGCGGCCGGUGCCCAGGGCCCCUUCCCCGCCUGCUGCUUCCCGGCGCCGCCUAACCCCAACCCCGCUCCGUUUGUGUUCACCCACCCAGAGGGAGCCUCCUGCGGAGCCUCACACCAGCGGAGCAGCGGCAGCGACCAAUCCUCGGACUCCCUGAGCUCCCCCUCGCUCCUCGCGUUGUGAA